CUUUACUAAACUCUAUGUAAACUAUAAAGCGGAAAAAAACUAACCUCUGGAACACACUGCACCUAUACACACUGUUACUACAAUUUUAUUUUUUUAUGGAGCCAAUGCUGGAAGAGAAAACAGUUUGGCGUGAAAUAUUUAUUAAAAGACUGAUUGCCCGCGACAACAAACUAAAAAAAUUAGCUUUUGUGGAAAGUACCUGGAAACCAAAAAGCUAUAUUAAUUUGCUACCAGAAAUAAGUGAAUUAAUAGAAGCAUGCUACACGAAAUGGAUGAUUGUUCUCAAUUUCAUAUUUUUGCUUUGUGGUGUUUCUUUAAUAAUGGGGAUUUCGAGAUUAAGACCUUUAUUUAACCUUAAUAUAAAUUGUGGAGUCCAUGUAGUAAAUACUAAAAGUGCUUAUGAAAGCCAUAUACAAUGCCUGUAUUUUGAUUAUUUGACAAUUAGCGACAUGGAAGGCCCACUGCAUUUCCCUUACGUGCAAUCGAUUGGAAUGCUUAAAGUUUUCUAUAAAGGUCUUCAAAUAAAACGUGUAGAAACCUCUCCUAAGCGUUGGAUAUGCAUAUUUAGUUUAAUAAACUCCACAGAAAUAACCUUUCCAAGCCUCAAAAACUUGCGACAGGUUUUAGUAAGGGGGCCUUACGGGCUUCCACUCGUAUUUCCAUCAUGCAUUGCUAUACGAUUACCUGUUAUCGAAAAAAUAGAUAAAAUAAUAUUUGAAAAUUUUCAUUCAAACUGCAUGAAAACGCUGAACUUUAGCUCUUUGAAAUUUAACAAUGAAAUACAAGUUGUUAACUCAAGUUUUAACACUAUAGACUUGCCUUUACUUGUUAGAACCAAGUUGCUCAAAUUUUUAAACACAAGUUUAAUACUUUUGAAAGCAUCUCUCUUAAGAACUCUAGAAAAAAUAGAUAUAGAUAAGCUGGCUUCUAACAAGCCUGUAAAGCUUAUAUUUCCGGGGUUGGUGAAGUGUGACAUAUUUUUGAUUACUAAUUCUAAAAUAAUAGAACAAUUAGAUUUUCCAGCUCUAAAUUCCGUCAACUGCAUUUAUUUAGAUAAACUGGAAUUUACUCUUACCGAUUUAGUGCUACCCCUUUUGAAAUGUGUAGCUGUUCUCAAGAUUAUUAAUGUUAAAGGCCUUCACAGUCUGAAGCUUACGAGCAUUGUCAAUCAAGGGAGUAUGGUAAUUAUAAAUACGUGGGGACUGUCAAACGUCAUCUCCACUGCUCAGAAUGCACAGCAUAUGACUUUUAUAGGAAAUUAUAAUCUAAAAAGCUUACAUUUCGAAAACUUAACAACUUCUGACUUCUUAAUGUUUAAUAAUAUGGCCUUGGAAUCCUUAAGUUUACCCUCUUUAAAUUCAGGCGAUUUUACGGUGAAAUAUUGUAAAAACUUAACUGUAAUCUUUUUGCCCAACUAUUUAAAUGGUAACCUUUUGGUAAGCUCAACUCCAAAAAUGAAAAAAGACGUCAUCUCCAGCUACCCAAAAGUGAGAGAAAGCAAAAGUUCCGGCUUUAAAAAUAAUGGCGACUCUAAGGAAAAUUUACUUACUCCUCCAAAGUUUUAUCAAAAUACUCAAUUAUUAAAUUCUUAAUAUAAAAAUAUUUUGUACUUAAAAAUUUUAUUU